AUGGCGGCAACAUGGGUGGUACAAACUAGCUAUAGUGUGGGCAGUAAACAUUUUCAUACAAAACAUCAUGGAGAAGAUGCAUUGAGUUUGAGGCCGUGCCCAAUUUGGCCUUCCAAAAGUCCACUCGCCUCUUCGAAAAGGGAGCACCCGGAUGCGGGAGAAGAUGUAAACGGGUUAAUUACCAUAUGCUCCAACAUUCAAGAUGAGGAAUCAUAUGGCAUCUGGGUGGUUCUACUCGCCCGCUCAGAUAAAACGGUAUUGCGCGUCGAGGAUUUCGAGUCUCAAGCCGCCAGAGGUAAUACACCUUCAUCACGCAUUUCUUUUAUAGCCUCUCAUAUAUCGACCAAGUUGAGAAACCCAUAUCAUAUCAUUCGCGAGCUAAACCGGCAACAAUGGCUGUUUUUCUCAGCUGGGUUUCUCUCAUGGACUUGGGCCGGCGUCGACUUUUUCGUGGUUUCUUUAUGUGUCACGGAGAUUGCGCAGGCAUUUCAGGUCAAUGACUCUGAUGUUUCGUGGGCGAUCACGGUAACGCUGAUGCUUCGCCCUGCGGGGGCGUUCAUCUGUGGAGUCUGCGCAGACCGCUAUGGACGGAAAUGGCCGACGAUCGUCAACCUGGUUCUGUUCGUGGUUCUGGAGUUGGCUGGCGGGUUCGCUAUUAAUAUGCGGCAGUUCCUGGCCAUCCGGGCCUUAUACGGCAUUGCCAUGGGAGGCAUAUUCGGAUCAGCUGCCGCGACAGCUCUUGAGGACCUCCCGUAUGAAGCGAGAGUGCAUUUGUGCCUACUACACCGCACGGCUGGAGAAGCUUGUUCUGGGCCUCCGCAGGGCCGCCCGUCGUCCUCAUCAUCUUUCGCUGGUAUCUGGCAGAAACCAACCAUUUCAUAG